AUGCAUCGACUUUUUGCUGAGCUGGAGCCAUCUGUAACCGUCACCGAGCAAAACCUGGCAGACCGAGUUCGGUAUAUCUUGCGCUCAAAUACAUUUGAUGUCACCGAACUCGAACGGCUACGACGUGAGGCUGUUCCUUCGUCGGGUGAAAAUGCUGCGGCUGAGGAUGCGGCGCCACAACUUGCUGAGCAAACGGCAAAAGUGAAUGCCGCCGUAAAUACGCCAGUUGUGGUUGAUUCAAACGAUGAUGGAACAGUCGCCCAGGAACUGGAACUAGAGCAAAUGAGGAGUACAUUGGAAGAGGCGAUUGUGGAAACGCGCAGUACGCCUCUCGAAAAUCGACCGCGACUUCCCCGCUUAGCCUUAAGCAAGCGGAAUCGGGCUGUCGUGAGGGCUCUGAACCCAAUGCUGGUUACCUAUUUGGAAGCCAGCCGGGACCUUUGCGAGACGGACUCAAUUCUUUUUUGGCGCCGCACUGGCAGUCUGCCGUACUAUAGGCGCCAAACUUUGCACGGCUGGACGCGUUACUGGACAAAGUAG